AUGGGUUUCCUCCAGGAUGUCGCGGGCCCUCUGCUCGAGGGCUUCUCGACGCUGGGACUGGCAUCGCAAAUCGGUGUCGCGACGGCCACCUUUGUGGUCGUGGCUGUCGUCCUCAAUGUGCUCAAGCAGGUGCUGUUCAAGAGCCCCAACGAGCCACCGAUGGUGUUCCACUGGUUCCCCAUCAUUGGAAGCACCAUCACCUACGGCAUGGAUCCCCCCAAGUUCUUCCACGAGAACAGAAAGAAGCACGGCGACUGCUUCACCUUCAUCCUUCUCGGCAAGAAGACCACCGUCUACGUCGGCCCCGAGGGCAACAACUUCAUUCUCAACGGCAAGAUUCGCGACGUGAAUGCUGAGGAGAUCUACACCGUUCUCACCACCCCUGUUUUCGGCAAGGAUGUUGUCUACGACUGCCCCAAUGCGAAGCUGAUGGAGCAGAAGAAGUUCAUGAAGAUUGCCCUCACCACCGAAGCUUUCCGCUCCUAUGUCCCCAUCAUCUCCGACGAGGUUACCAGCUACCUCAAGCGUACCCCCGACUUCAAGGGCCAAUCUGGCGUUGUCAACAUCUGCCCCAAGAUGGCUCAGAUCACCAUCUUCACCGCCUCUCACGCGCUCCAGGGCAAGGAGAUCCGCGACCAGUUCGACGAGAAGCUUGCCGACCUCUACCAUGACUUGGAUAUGGGCUUUUCUCCCAUUAACUUUAUGCUUCACUGGGCUCCCCUCCCCUGGAACAACCGCCGUGAUCACGCCCAGCGAACUGUCGCCAAGAUCUACAUGGACACAAUGAAGCGCCGUCGCGCUCGCGGCGAUGAUGGCCAGAAGGAUAUGAUGCAGCAUCUCAUGAACUCCACCUACAAGAACGGCACCAAGGUUCCCGAUCACGAAAUCGCCCACAUGAUGAUUGCCUUGUUGAUGGCCGGCCAGCACUCUUCUUCGUCCACUAGCUCCUGGAUCAUGUGCCGUCUCGCCUCCAGACCUGAUGUUAUGGAAGCUCUCUACCAGGAACAGAUCGACAACCUUGGCAAGGAUCUUCCCCCCCUCAAGUACGAGGAUCUCGCCAAGCUCCCUCUCAACCAGGCCAUCGUCAAGGAGACUCUCCGCCUCCACGCCCCUAUCCACUCCAUCAUGCGCGCCGUCAAGUCUCCCAUGCCCGUCCCCGGCACCAAGUAUGUCAUCCCUACCGACCACGUCCUCCUCGCCGCCCCCGGUGUCUCCGCGACCGACUCUCAGUACUUCCCCGAGCCCGACAAGUGGGAGCCCGCGCGCUGGCAGAAGGAUCACCCUCUGGCCCCUAGCAUGGUUCGCAAUGAGGAUGAGAUCAACGAGGAAGAGGAAGAGAAGAUCGAUUACGGCUAUGGUCUCGUCAGCAAGGGCUCCGCGUCUCCUUACCUUCCCUUCGGCGCCGGUAGACAUCGUUGCAUUGGCGAGCACUUUGCCAAUGUGCAGCUUCAGACCAUCACCGCUGAGAUUGUCCGCGCUUUCAAGUUCAGAAACGUGGAUGGCAGCGACAAGGUGAUUGGCACAGAUUAUGCCUCUCUCUUCUCGAGACCAUUGGAGCCAGCGAACAUUUACUGGGAGAGGAGGAAUUAG